AUGACCAACUGGGGCGCCACUAUCAUGUCAAUCGCCCUUCCUGAUUCCAAAGGUGGUCACAGGGGAUUCAGCAAAGUCAUAUGGACGGUGAAGGAGUACGUCGGCGGCGGCCACUCCCCAUACAUCACAUUGUUCUACCACAUCUUCGACGGAGAACAAGGAUUUCCUGGAGAUUUGGAGGUGUACGCAACGUACCAAUUGUCGAGCCCGUACACCCUGAGCGUUCGCACGAACGCGACGGCUCUCAACAAGGCCACGCCGGUGAACUUCCUGCAUCACCUGUACCUGAACCUUGGCGGGCAGGGCAGCGGCGACGUGCUGGGCCACACGCUCCAGCUCUCGGCGUCGCGGUACAUCCCGUUGGACGACGAGCUCCUGCCGUCCUCCGGCAGGGUGGACCCGGUCGCCGGUACCAACUACGACUUCCGGACGCCGACGCCGAUCGGCGCGCGCAUCCGUCAUGUCAGCAGAGGCAAGGGCCUCGUCGGGUACGACACCAGCUAUGUGAUCGGCGGUGACGGCAUGCGGAAGGUGGCGGCGGUCCGGGACCGCAAGUCCGGCCGCGGGCUGGAGCUGUGGGCCAACCAGCCGGCGAUGCAGCUCUACACCGGCAACGGGCUCAACAACACCAUCAAGGGGAAGGGCGGCAAGGUGUACGAGCGGUACGGCGGGUUCUGCUUGGAGACGCAAGGCUACCCCGACGCCGUGAACCACCCCGAGUUCCCGUCGCAGACGCUCAGGCCUGGUCACGUGUAUAAGCACGACAUGGACUACAAGUUCUCAUUCUAA